CGGGGGCCUUUGGGGAGAAAAAGGAAAAAAUUAAAAAAAAAAAAAAAGAAGACAAUGGACAUAAAAUAAAGGGUGGUCCGGGACAUGGCUGGUCCCAAACCCUAGAUAGAAGUCUCCUGCAGGUCCCAUCCCCUUCCUAAGCAUUGAAGUUAAAUCCUUGUCGAAUGGUAUAUUUAAAAUCUAAAUUUUUAAGAAGUAGAAGUAAUUGUAUUUUUCCUGUGUGAUUUACUGCAUUUCUCAGGACUGCACUGGGCCUUUCUGCCCGGCAGUCACAAUUACAUGAUCACAACUCCAGUUAUCCCACAUUUGUCAGGUAGGCCUUGCUGCAAAUGUGGGAUAACCCUUUUAUACCUUUUAGUCUGAUUCAAGUCAGGGCUGAGCAGAACGGGAGGGAGGAGUGUCUGCUGGGAAAGGAACUGGAACUGCUCGUGGGUCCUGUUAGUUCCUGAGAGAGAAUAAAGGACAACUCACUGGAAUUUCUCUGCAGGGAAGUUUCCUUGACAUUUUUAUCUCUUUCCUAAUGACUAGAAGUUCCCAGCCCACAGUCAAGACUCUGAGCACGUUAGAUUUUUUAAGCACACGAAUAAGUUGCCUUCUGUUAUAGUCCAAGUAGGGGAAUUCUGAGCAAAGAACUUAAUUACAAAAUAAUCAGUGUGGUGGCAGAAGCAGAGCUGUGGACUGUUACUCAGGUGACCUGUCCUUAUCCAUAAGGUCAGGCAGAUGACUUGUCCUUUCUGGGCCUCUGUCAUCUCCUGUAAAAAGGGAGGUUUGAAUUGAAAGCUGUGGUUUCAGUGAAAGCUCCUCAACUCCCAAGUUCCAUUUAUACCUCCAGUUAAUGUUUUCUUUCCUGUGUCUCUUUAGAGAUUUUUAAGUGUACUUAUUUUGCAAAAGCGUUCAGUAGAAUAUAUUUCCUGAGAUUAUAAUUAGAAUAUAUUAGGAUACGCCCUUUCCGUUGGCAUUUCGUGAGUCAUAAUAUGUGCCUGGUGUGAUACCAAGUCUCAGGAUGUGAAAAGGAAAACGUGAGGCCUCAGGGAGCUGACAUCCCAGCCGUAGCUGAUGUAGGAGUGGUGGUAGUAACUUUCUUCUGGAAAGUCACUGAACUUAGAAUUGAGAAAGGUCACACACCACAGCCUCCAGUAAGCUGAUGCUGGGUCCCAAGGCCCUUCACUAUGUGAUCUGGCCUUGAGCUUUGUAAGGUAAGUGUGUAAGUGCACAGAAGACUGCAAAGAAUGUGACCACCCACCCAACGGCCUUCUGUGUGCCAGGCACUGGGGAUGCAAUGGUGAGCAAGAGUCCUUGGGUGUUAGCCUCAUGGACGUUACAGACGCACAGUUAACUCUGUUCCCAAGGAACUCUGGUUUUCGGAGGGGAAAGGGGGGACAGGGACGUGAAGGGUUUUAAUUAAGUUUUACCAGCUCAGACUAAACUAAAAAUUUGUAAAUUAGUUAAAAUAGGAGUACAUAGUACAGACGCGUUCACAGGUUUUCAUUAGCUUUCCCAAAUAGAAACACUGAAAUUUUACGUUUUCUGGAAGAACCUGGCAUGGCGGAGGCCAGCCUCAAUUGUUGAGAGCACCAAGUUCGUCUCGUCCCGUCUAAUCCUGCCUUGUAAUGAGCUGAGAUCCUGGCGCUUGACCAGAUGAAUCUGUUUUAAGAUAAAUUAGGCCAGGGCAGCACAGAAAAGGCCUGUCAUCUGGUGGCUAAUUGGAACCGCCUGAGUAGUGAGCGGUGGUUUCCAAGUUACCCUCCCUUCUGAUUGAGCAAAAUGAUAUGGAACCGUCCCCAAGGGGCCCAAGGCCUCAGGGCCGCUUAGGGACAUGCCACUGCCCUGCCUAAUGGAACAGCUGAGGACAAAGCGUAGUUGCCAUGAUACCCCUGAAAUCUCUCCAUUCUUGGUGGCCCCCAAGGGCGAGUGACUCGUGGGCCCUUCUGGGUUAAGCAACGGCUGGAAUCUAGGUGGACCUCAGGCCUCUUCCCUCCCCCAAUUGAUGUGUUCCCAGACAGAAAGGCCUUGGCACAGCCCAGAACGCCUUUCCGCCGGGGCGUUUAUGAGAAUAAAGAUCAGUGGCGCCCUGGAGUAUGGCCAAGGCUCCCCCAGACCCCGUGAAGACAGGCUCCCCUUGUGAGUUUGGGGGUGGCUUCGAGCACGGGCAGGUCGGGAAAGGCGCGGCGGCCGGCUCUCCGCGGGCGCGUUCUUCCGCGGAAUCCUGGGGGCGCGCUGGGGCCACCACAAGCGGGCCGCGAACGGGGCCGCCCUCGCGUUCCAAACGCCCGCCGGCCGCGAGAGGAGGGCCGCCCAGGGCGGGAGCUCCGAGAGCCAGGCCGGAAAGCAGACGGCGGCGAGGCGGGUUCCCGCGGGCGAAGAGUGGGCAGCGCGGCGCCCGGGCGCUUCCUCUCCGUCCUCCGGGAGGGCGCCAGACCGUGGCUGGUGCCCGGCGCGGCUAGGCACAAGGGCAGGGGCGCCCCGGGGCCUCGCAGGGACCCCGAAGGGCCCCAGAGGAGCGGGGAGCAGUGAGGGGGGCGCGGAGCGCUCCUGAGAGGGCGCACGAUGCCGCCCGCGACGGCGGCCACCAAGGUCACCCUCCGGGAGCUGGCCGACCUCGCCAUCGGCACCCCGGAGCUGGGCGCCGUCAACUUCACGGCCCUGCACACGCUCAUCGUGGCCAUGCUCAAGUGCCUCAACCUGCGGGAGACGCGAAUCGACUUCCAGGCGCCGUCGCCCGAGCAGGGUCUCUCCUUGGAGCUCCCCCAGGCCUCGCUUAGCGCCCCGCAGCUGGCGAUGCCCAAAGAGAGGCGGAGGAGCAGCGGCGCGGGCAGGGCGCCGCCGGUGCUGGAGGGCCAGGUGAAGGAGCUGGGCGCGCAGGUCCAGGACCUCAGCAGGCAGCUCAAGACCAUGGGGAGCCAGGUUCAGGGCAUCGCGUCCCACGUGCAGCAUCUCAGCGCCACGGCCAGCGGGCUCGACGCGAACACUCGGAGGUGGCUGGAGGAGAAGGAGACGGCCAUGCUGAUGCCCGAGAAGCCGCGAAUGGAGGCAAUGAAAAUCAGGAAGGACAGCGAGGCGGUCAGCGGCCCCCGGACCAUGGAGCUGCUCCACGAUGUCACGGAAGACAUGAAAACCCUGAAAGAAGUUCACCAAAAGGCGCAAGAGCUGCCCGAGUUGAACCCCCAGAAACUCGUCCAGCGGGUUGAUGAACUAGAGAGGCUAAUCAGAGGCCGGGAAGAAUUCCUGGAUCAAAUUGGCCGGAAGCUGAGUGUGAUGCCUGUUGGAGAAGAAGUCACGAUGGUCACCUGGGAGGAGCUGGAGCAAGCAAUUACUGACGGCUGGAGAGCCUCACAACAGGGCUCAGACUCAACAAUAGGACUUCCCAAGCGCAAAGGGCAGGCUUCCUUAACAUCGAGCGACGCGACUUCAACCGGAGGCUCCACCAAGCAUUCAACCGCUGACCAGCCUCUGGAAUCUGCUAGUGGUUUUGGCCCAAGUCAGCCUUUAUCGGCAACCAGUGGCACAACAUACCCCUCUGAAGGGAUGAGUAGCAGAGAACGAAGCAGACGUCCCUCUCCUGCUGUGUUUCCUGGUGGAGAACAGCACCCAAGGGCCCGUGAUGAAGCUGGCCUGGCAAAACCCUAUCACCCCGCUGUGUCUCAGUUCAGAGUAGAGUCAGAUCGUCGCAGGGCUAGAGAGCAGCACAGCUUGGCACAUCCAAGAAGAGAUGAACGAGAUGCACACCCUGCCCCAUUUCAACAGGACUUACCCCCAGCUACCUCUGCCAGAGACUGGCAUCCUCAGGUGUACCCAGAUCAGCAUGGGGGAGUGUACAUUAGCCAGGGUCAAAUCUAUCCAAGGCUAGAUCAGCAUGACUUAGGACCAUUAGAAACACCAGACAUGAAUCAGCUUGCAUUGCUACAUCCUAGCACUUAUCAUCCACAUGGCAUAGUACCCCACAGCACGGGUCAGCUUGGUGUGAUGCCACCAAUGGUACCUGGCAGAGACCAGCAAAGAUUGGAACUACCCAGGACAGAUCAGCCUAGUAUGGUUCCACUUAGCACAUAUCAGCAUGGUAUGAUACUUCCUGGCACAGACCAACGUGGUGUAGAACAGCCUGGCAUGGAUGAGAAUGUAAUGGGACCACUUGGCAUGGAUCAGCAUGGAUUGGUACCUCUUGGAAUGGAUCAGCAUGGAUCUGUAAUAUUUAGCAUGGAUCAGCAAGGAUUGGGACUGCCUAGCAUGGAUCAACAUGGAUUGGUUCCACCUCUUAGAGAUGAGCGUGGUUUGGUAUCACCUGGUUUGAUGCAAGUUGCUGCAGAUCAGCAAGCUUUUGUACAUCCAAGUUUGGAAACGUCUGGCUUCAUACAACCUGGAGCAAGUCAGCCUGCUUUGGUCCAGGCUGGAGCAGGUCAGCCUGGUGUAGUCCAGCCUGGCGCAGGUCAGCCUGCUUUGGUCCAGCCUGGCGUAGGUCAGCCAGGUAUGGUCCAGCCUGGAGCAGGUCAGCCUGGUGUGGUCCAGCCUGGUGUAGGUCAGCCAGGUAUGGUCCAGCCUGGAGCAGGUCAGCCUGGUGUGGUCCAGCCUGGCGCAGGUCAGCCUGGUGUGGUCCAGCCUGGCGCAGGUCAGCCUGGUGUGGUCCAGCCUGGAGCAGGUCGGCAUGCUGUGGUCCAGCCUGGCAUAGGUCAGCCUGGUAUGGUCCAGCCUGGAGCAGGUCAGCCUGGUGUGGUCCAGCCCGGCGCAGGUCAGCCUGGUGUGGUCCAGCCUGGAGCAGGUCGGCAUGCUGUGGUCCAGCCUGGCAUAGGUCAGCCUGGUAUGGUCCAGCCUGGAGCAGGUCAGCCUGGUGUGGUCCAGCCUGGCACACGUCAGCCUGGUGUGGUCCAGCCUGGCGCACGUCAGCCUGGCGUAGGUCAGCCUCGUGUGGUCCAACCUAGAGCAGGUCAGCCUGCUUUGGUCCAGCCUGGUGCACGUCAGCCUGGUGUAGUCCAGCCUGGAGCAGGUCGGCCUGCUUUGGUCCAGCCUGGAGCAGGUCAACCUGGUGUGGUCCAGCCUAGUGCACGUCAGCCUGGUGUGGUCCAGCCUGGCGUAGGUCAGCAUAGUGUGGUCCAGCCUGGAGCAGGUCAGCCUGGUGUGGUCCAGCCUGCAGCAGGUCAGCCUGGUGUGGUCCAGCCUGUUGUAGAUCAGAGUGCUUAUCCACCUGGUUGGGCACAACCUGGUACAUAUCUACCUGGUUUGGUCCAACCUGGUGCAGAUCAGCCUGGCUUGGCCCAACAUGGAACAGAUCAGCCUGGUUUGAUGCAACCUCAUGCAUAUCUACCUAGUUUGGCACAACCUAGCACAGAUCAGCCUGGUUUGGUGCAACCUGGAAUGGAUCAGCCUGGUCUAGUCCAACCUGGGGUAGGUCAGCCUGGUUUGGCGCAGCCUGGUUUGGCGCAGCCUGGAAUGGAUCAGCAUGGUCUAGUCCAACCUGGGGUAGGUCGGCCUGGUUUGGUACAGCCUGGAAUGGAUCAGCGUGGUCUGGCCCAACCUGGGGUAGCUCGGCCUGGUUUGGUGCAGCCUGGAAUGGAUCAGCGUGGUCUGGUCCAACCUGGGGUAGCUCGGCCUGGUUUGGUGCAGCCUGGAAUGGAUCAGCGUGGUCUGGUCCAACCUGGGGUAGGUCAGCCUGGUUUGGUGCAGCCUGGAAUGGAUCAGCGUGGUCUGGUCCAACCUGGGGUAGGUUGGCCUGGUUUGGUGCAGCCUGGAAUGGAUCAGCAGGGUAUGGUCCAACCUGGGGUAGGUCAGCCUGGUUUAGUGCAGCCUGGAAUGUAUCAGCGUGGUCUGGUCCAACCUGGAAUGGAUCAGUGGGGUUUGGUCCAACCUGGAAUGGAUCAGCAUGGUUUGGUGCAGCCUGAGAAAGGUCAGCCUGAUUUGCUGCAACCUGGUGCAGGUCAGCAUGGUUUGGUCCAAACUGGAAUGGAGCAGCGUGGCUUGGUACAACCAGGUGCAGGUCAGCCUGGUUCAGUGCAGCCUGGCACAGAUCAGGGUGGUUUGGUCCAACCAGCUACAGAUCAGCCUGGUUUGGUCCAACCGGGCUCAGGUCAGCCUGGUUUGGCGCAGCCUGGCGCAGGUCAGGCUGGUUUGGCGCAGCCUGGGGCAGGUCAGCCUGGUUUGGCGCAGCCUGGCGCAGGUCAGCCUGGUUUGGCGCAGCCUGGCGCAGGUCAGGCUGGUUUGGCGCAGCCUGGGGCAGGUCAGCCUGGUUUGGCGCAGCCUGGCGCAGGUCAGCCUGGUUUGGCGCAGCCUGGGGCAGGCCAGCCUGGUUUGGCGCAGCCUGGCGCAGGCCAGCCUGGUUUGGCGCAGCCUGGGGCAGGUCAGCCUGGUUUGGCGCAGCCUGGGGCAGGCCAGCCUGGUUUGGCGCAGCCUGGGGCAGGCCAGCCUGGUUUGGCGCAGCCUGGCGCAGGCCAGGCUGGUUUGGCGCAGCCUGGGGCAGGUCAGCCUGGUUUGGCGCAGCCUGGCGCAGGUCAGGCUGGUUUGGCGCAGCCUGGCGCAGGUCAGCCUGGUUUGGCGCAGCCUGGCUCAGGUCAGCCUGGUUUGGCGCAGCCUGGCGCAGGUCAGCCUGGUUUGGCGCAGCCUGGCGCAGGUCAGCCUGGUUUGGCCCAGCCUGGCGCAGGUCAGGCUGGUUUGGCGCAGCCUGGCGCAGGUCAGCCUGGUUUGGUCCAACCUAGUGCACGUCACCUUGGUUUUGUGCAACCUGGAGUGGAUCAGCGUGGUUUGGUACAGCCUGGCACAGAUCCACGUGGCUUUUUAAAGCCUAGCAUAUAUACGCCUGGCUUGGUUUCACCUGAUAUAUAUCCACCUGGUCCAGUACAGCCUGGUGCAUAUCUGCCUGGUUUGGUACAGCCUGGUGCCUAUCCACGUGGUUUGGUCCCAUCUGGUGUCUAUCCUCAUGGUUUGGUUCAGCCUGGUGCCUAUCCUCAUAGUUUGGUCCAGGCUGGUGCAUAUCCACAUGGUUUUGUGCAGCCUGGAUUAGAUCAGCGUGGUUUGAGGCAACCUGGUACAGAUCAACAAGGCUUGAUACCACUAGGCACAGAGCUUCGUCGCUUUCCAACAUUCCGUGCAGAUUCUCGAAAUUUUAUAUCACCACGCCCAUAUCAGCAUAGUGUGGUACCUCCUGGCAGAACUCAACAUGGCCAAGUGUCACCACUACCAGCCAAUCAAGAUUUGGCAUUGCCAGGUAUAGACCAAGAGGGUUUGGUACCACCAGAAACUUACCAGCAUGGUGUAAUGCAUCCUGGCACAGACCAGCCUAGCCCAGCACCAUUAAGCACAGGUGUGAGAUCUGCACGCCUGGAUCAACAGCAUUUGGUAUCUCCUGGCCCAGAUCAACGUGACCAUGCCUACUCCACCCCAGUCUCCCAGGGUGUAGAUCGUUAUGUCCAGGUAGAUGCGGAUCCAAAUCAAACAUAUGCUUCAAACCAACUGGGAGUUUCUACCCAGACGACCCCUACCCAAGAUGCCACCUUUUUCAGGAGGGAAACCUCCCUUAACUAUCUCGACCAAGUCUCAUCAGAAAAGAUUGACGUCCAGAGUGAGAGACGUGAGUCACUGGAUAAACUGGCUCCCAGCUUCCCUAUGGCAGUGGAAACAUUUCGUCUGAUGGGGGAGCUCAUCGGCCUCUAUGUAGAGCUAAAGGAGAACAUGAAGGAUCUGGAUGAGCAGGAAGCUGGCCAAACUGACUUGGAAAAGAUCCAGUACCUGCUCGCCCUGAUGGUCAAAAAGACCAUACCCCCUGACCUGCAGGAGCAGCUGAAGACUUUGAAGACCUUGACCAAAGAAAUUCGGCAGGAAAAAGCAAAGCUGGACAAGAUGCAAAAGGUCGUGGAGGGCGAUGCGGAGCAAGAAAUAGGAAAGGACAUGAAAACUGGCCAGCUGACCAUGCAGCUGGGCAUCCUCAGAGUCACCGUGGCUGACAUCGAGAAGGAGCUGGCUGAGCUGAGGGAGAGCCAAGAGCAGGGCAAGGUCAGCAUGGAAAAUUCAGUCUCCGAAGCGUCCCUUUACCUGCAGAAUCAGUUAGACAAGCUCAGGACAAUCAUCGAGAGCAUGCUGACCUCGUCUUCCACGCUGCUGUCCAUGAGCAUGGCGCCUCACAAGACCCUGACAACCUUGGCACCGGGCCAGAUUGACCCUGAGGCCACCUGCCCAGCCUGCAGCCUGGACCUGAGCCAUCAGGUCAGCACGCUGGUGCGGCGCUACGAGCAGCUCCAGGACAUGGUCAACAAUCUGACUACCACCCGGCCGUCCAAGAAAACCAAGCUCCAGAGCCAGGAUGAAGAGCUGCUGGGCCAUGUCCAGCGUGCCAUCCUGCAGGUGCAGGGCGACUGCGAGAAGCUCAACAUCACCACCAGCAACCUCAUCGAGGACCAUCGGCAGAAGCAGAAGGACAUCGAUGUGUUGUACCAGGGUCUAGAGAAACUCGAGAAGGAAAAGGCUAACAGGGAAAACCUGGAGAUGGAGAUUGGCACAAAAGCCGACAAGAGUGCCCUGGCAGCCAAAGUGAGCCGUGUCCAGUUUGACGCCACCACAGAGCAGCUGAACCACAUGAUGCAGGAGCUGGUGGCUAAGAUGAGUGGGCAGGAGCAGGACUGGCAGAAGAUGCUGGACAAGCUCCUGCUAGAGAUGGACACCAAGCUGGACCGCCUGGAGCUGGAUCCAGUGAAGCAGUUGCUGGAGGAUCGGUGGAAAUCCUUGCGACAGCAGCUCAAAGAGCGCUCCCCACUCUACCAGGCAGAUGAGGCAGCCGCCAUGCGGAGGCAGCUCUUGGCACAUUUCCACUGCCUCUCAUGUGACCGUCCCUUGGAGACACCUGUGACUGGGCAAAUCAUCCCUGUGACUCCUGUGUGCCCAGGCCUGCCCGGGCACCGUUCCAUCCGCCCCUACACUGUCUUUGAACUGGAGCAGGUCCGGCAGCAGAGCCGCAACCUGAAGCUGGGCAGCGCUCCCUUCCCUCGGAGCGACCUGGCGCAGAUGGAGCGGAGUGUGGGGCGCCUGCGCACCAUGCACUCCAAGAUGCUGAUGGACAUCGAGAAGGUGCAGAUCCACUUUGGAGGCUCGGUCAAGGCCAGCAGCCAGAUGAUCCGCGAGCUGCUGCAGGCCCAGUGCCUCAGGUCCCCCUGCUACAAACGGGUACACGAUCCGGCCGAUUACACCUACUCAACGGUGCCUCGGCGCUGCGGGGGCAGCCACACCCGCACCUACCCCUACCGCCGAAACCGCCUGCAGCACCUGGCCCAGGGCCUGUACCCCACCGACGAGAUCCAGAUUGCCAUGAAGCAUAAAGAGGUGGAUAUCUUGGGCCUGGAUGGACAUAUUUACAAGGGACGGAUGGAUACCAGGCUACCGAGCAUCCUGAGCAAAGACACCUCAGGGGUCACAAAGCAGAAGGCCAAGCAGCCCCGGCCCCACGUGCACCGGCAGCAGUCCCUUGGUGACAAUGGCCAGCUGCCCUCGCGGCCUCAGAGCGCUCAGAUGCUGGCGGGCAACAACUCAGCUCCUUCUCGUCAAUGGAAAGACAGACCCGUCUCCUCCGAGGGACGCCUCUCCCAGCCGAAUAUGGCCCACCCACCCAGCCCCAGCGAGAUGGCAAACGUACCGGCAGGGAUGGAGAUACCCAUGGAUGUGCCUCCUGGGGAGGGGCUCGAGGAGCCCACCCGGGGGCCACGGUCCACCUCUGCUCACAGAGCAGAGCAAUAAAUAAAUAUUUAGGAAGAAGCU